GCGCAGCCAUGGCGGCGGUGCGGGCGGCGCUGCUCGCCCCGCUGCUGGCGCUCGGCCGGGCCGGCUCGGGGCCCGCCACCCCCGCGCGGGUCGAGGUGGCCGUGUCGGGGCCCGGGGCGGCGGGGCCGGACGGGGCCGGGGCCGGCAGCGGGGCCGGCGGCUCGUACACGCUGCGCGGGGCCGUGCUGGGAGCGGGGGGCGGCCGGGCCGGGCCGGGCCGGGGCCCGCGGGGGGAGCGGGAGCCGAUGGAGAUCCGAGGCCGCCUGGUGCUGGUGGGUGAUGUGGAGCCGGAGCUGGGCGCUGCUGACAGCUGGAUUGGGGUGGUGCCCGUGGGCACCGAGGAGCCGGCUGAGGGCCCCCGGGGUGCCAAGGAGGAGUCCUUCACCACUGCCGUUGUCACCAAGAGACGUGCUGGGUGGCGCUUCCUGCAGCAGGACAGGAGCUUGUUCGGGACACAGCCCUGCUGUCCCCUGAUCGUGUCCCCGCUGUCCCUGCAGAUGAAGCGAGCGCUGGUGCUGGGGGCCUCCGCCCUGCUCAUCCUGGCUCUGAACCAGAACGCCAUCCGUGAGCUGGACGUGUCCCAGCUGCUGGCCAAGCCCGUCAUCAUCAUCCAGUCCUCGGACAAUGUCACCAGGCUGCUGGGAGCGCUGCUGCGUGGGCUCCGGGCUACGGCCAAGAUCACAUACCAAGCAGUGCUGCUGGAGAACCUGGGAGUGACCCUCACGCUGUGGUCCACCUGCGGCCUGUCCCGAGGGGGCCUCUACGGGGAGUGGCAGGGGGUCAUCUGCCCCGGGGAGAGCAGCUCGCAGGUCCAGAAGUACCUGCAGCAGCUGUGGAACACCAUCCUGCUGAUCGCCCUGCUGCUCUGCACCGGCGUCAUGGUGCAGGCCCAGCGCCAGUCGCGGCAGGACCUGUCGGAGCGGGAUGCUGAGCUGGACCUGAAGCAGCACAUCCGGCGGCGGCUGCUGGCGCUGAAAACCCGGCGCUACCAUCCUGGGAAGCCGCCCCGGAGCCGGGCCUGUGAGAUCGACAGCUGUGCUGUGUGCCUGGACCAGUUCCACAAGAGCCAGUGGCUGCGGGUGCUGCCCUGCUCCCAUGAGUUCCACCGGGACUGUGUGGAUCCCUGGCUCCUGCUGCAGCAGACCUGCCCUCUCUGCAAGCGCAACAUCCUGGGGAACUGCUGCACGGACAGCUAGCUGGCCCGAGGACACACUCCAGGGACAGACCCACGGCUGCUCCAGGGACAGGGAGGGGCCAGGGGGUGCCCGAGAGGAGCUUGCUGCCGGAGCAGGGUUGGUGUGGCUGUGCCCAUCACAGUGCCCAGACUUCGGACAGGGAAGGACUUUGGGCUCUCCUGCUGGGUGUGAGUAGAGGGGUGGGAGGUCCAGAUGGGCAGUGCUGGGGAGGGAAGACUUGGGGCACCCAUGGGUGUAACAGGGUGGGGGCUGGGGCAGGGAGAGCCCUGGUCCUGCUGUGCUUUUGCCCUGCUCACAGCAAUUUUUCUAAGUCUUGGGUAUUUUGUCUAUUUGCUGUUGGCCGUGGCAGGGUGGGCAGAGCCUGGCUGCAGUGCCAGCCCCUCUGGGAGGUGGGUGACAGCCCUGCCAGGGCUGGGGCUGGCAGGGCUGUGGGUGACUCAUGGCCUCACCGUGGGAGGGCAGGGGUUGGAUGCUUUAUUUAUAAUAACUUAUUAGAAAGGAUGGCACAGAUCAGCUGCAGAGCCAGCACAGGGCUCGGCUCACUAGCACGGUCACUGGGGACACACCAUGGGCCCUGCCUGGGUCCUGCCCCACGGGCUGCAACAUGGCACGUGUCCAUCCCUAUUAAACAUGGAGCAAGG